AUGAUGUUCAGUCGAUCCAUCUACCAAGUGGCUACACACACGAAGCGUCAAGGCAGUCGUAUGAUGGCUACAAAACACUCAUCCAUUAAUGGCAAAGGUGCACUGGAUACUAUAUACAAAGUGUUUAUGAAGAGCACACCAGUGUAUGUAACAACAGUGCUAGUAGCUGCACUGGUGAUGGAAGGCGUAUAUGGAUCAGCUACGAAUUAUAUCUGGGAAGCGAGCAAUCGUGGUCGUCUCUAUCAUCAUAUUGACUGGUCCAAGUUUGCUGAGAAGGAGGAAGAAGAAGAAGAAGAAGAGGCAGAGGAGGAAGAGGAGGAAGAGGAGGAAGAGGAGAAUCUUCAUGAAGACGACGAGGAAGUUGAAUAG